UUGUAGUUUGCUCUAACAUAAAAAUUACAAAAUAAAAAACGUUAUCACGUGUCUACGUACGUAAAAUACGUAAGCGAGUGAGGGCUAUUUGGGUCUUCCUGUUUUGUCUGCCAAAUAAAGAAAAACGACAAUAAUGGAAAAGAAAACGGCGGUGGAUAACGUGGAGAUGCGCCUUCAGGCGCUGGAGAAUCGCAUAUAUGGAGAAAAAACGAAUAAAAGUGCAAAACCGUUAAAGUGUGCAGAGUCUUUGGCUAGAAUCCAGGCUGGCUUGACCAACACAGCCAACAAGAGGGAGCGAGUUAAGAUCCUGCACAAGAAGAUUGAGGACUUGAUGAAGUACCUCGAUCCCCAAUUUACUGACCACAUCGCUGUACCCGACACCAUGAAGCUAGAGUUCAUCCUCGCCGAGGAGGACUUCUUGCUUUCCCAGGCUGCUUUGCUGGAGCAGGCCAGCAACUUGCAGCCACUGCUGGAGAGCACCUACAUUCGAGAUGUUCCCGAGCAUGCCACAAAGCUGCAGCGUCUAUCUCAGAUUCACAUCAAACAACAGGACCAGACAGAUGCUCAGGCACUGGAAGUCAAGAAUCUUUUUGAGGAAUACAACAAAAUGAUGUUCCUGCUGUCCAAACAGUUCACCCAGUGGGACGAGAGCCUGAGGAAGUUGGAGGAGGCCAAAGGGAUUCGGCCCGUGGAGUAACUCAAAUCCAUGAUGAUGAUGAUGAUGCGGUUGGAGUGUGGACUGAAGUUUACAUUGUGCAGUUUUUGAACAGUCUGGACAACGCAAAAGUCCAAAGUGAUGUUGCAGUUGAGAAAAAAAAGAACCCACAAGAAUAGACGUGGUUUGAGCAUUCAUCAGCUGUCUGGGAGAAUUUGACUCCUGUCACAAGACAGUCCGGCGUCACCUCGGUCUAAUUUAUUUGUACACACACACACAGUAGUGGUACUCUAAUAGUACAUUAAUAGAUUUACAUGCAUUCCAGCUUGUCUCCUGCAACCCGAGUCACAAGACUUCGAGGGCCUGACCUGCACUUAACGCUCAACCCCCCCCCCCACCCCCAUUUCCAUUUAUAUCCUGACAAGAUCAUGUUUCUGUUUCAACAUGUCACAAACAUGACUCCAGAUAAUCUAAUAAAAAUGUUUGUAUUGGGC